AUGGCUGCCAACAUCCUGACGGUGGUCAUCCUGUCCCAGCUGGUGCUGCGGCGGCAGAAGUCCUCCUACAACUACCUGCUGGCGCUGGCGGCCGCCGACAUCCUGGUGCUGCUGCUCAUCGUGUUCGUGGACUUCCUGCUGGAGGACUUCGUCCUGGGCGCGCCGCUGCCGCCCUCGCUCAACAAGGCGGUGCAGGUGCUGGAGUUCUCCUCCAUCCACACCUCCAUCUGGAUCACCGUGCCGCUCACCGUGGACCGCUACAUCGCCGUGUGCCACCCGCUGCGCUACCACGCCGUGUCCUACCCCGCCCGCACGCGGCGCGUCAUCCUGGCCGUGUACCUGGGCUGCCUGUUCUCCGCCGCGCCCUACUACUGGUGGCCCGAGCUCUGGCACAGCCUGCCCGGCACGGGGCCCUCCCAGGCGGGCGGCGGCGGCGGCGGCGGCGGCGGCGGCGGCGGCGGUGGCGGUGGCGGCGGGGGCGGAGCCGGGGUGGCGCAGCACGUGCUGGUGUGGGCGCACUGCGCCACCGUCUACCUGCUGCCGUGCGCCGUCUUCUUCUCGCUCAACGCCGUCAUCGUGCGCAAGCUCCGCCGCCGCCGCAGCUGCUUCCGCCUGCGGGGCUACUCCACGGGCAAGACCACCGCCAUCCUGCUGGCCAUCACCUCGCUGUUCGCCGUGCUGUGGGCGCCGCGCACCCUCAUGAUCCUCUACCACUUCUACUCGCCCCCGCCGGCCUCGGCCGCGGCGGGCCGGCUGCUGCACCUGCUCACCGACCUGGCCAACAUGCUGGCGCUGCUCAACACGGCCGUCAACUUCUUCCUCUACUGCUUCAUCAGCAAGCGCUUCCGCGGCAUGGCGGCCAGCGUGCUGCGGGCGCUGGUGCGCUGCCGCAAGCAGCCGCCGCCGUUCUACGUGGGCCACAACUUCUCCAUCACCAGCAGCCCGUGGAUCUCGCCCGCCAACUCCCACUGCAUCAAGAUGCUGGUGUACCAGUACGACAAGAACGGCAAGCCCAUCUGCAUCUCGUCCUGAGCCACCGCCGCGGUGAGACCGCGACCCUGAUGCCGCCAC